AUGAUUGCCAUCAAUGAUUCUUUCAUUCUUGAGACUGCCAUCUAUAUUCUUCUCAAGAAGUACUUCAAGAAGGAGUCUUACUACGUUGAUCUCAUUGAGCUUUUCCAUGAGGUCACCUUCCAAACUGAGCUUGGUCAAUUAUUGGAUCUCAUCACUGCUCCUGAGGAUGAGGUUGAUCUGAGCAAGUUCUCUCUUCAAAAGCAUUCCUAUAUUGUUACUUAUAAGACUGCAUUCUACAGUUUCUAUCUCCCAGUUGCUCUUGCCAUGUACAUGACAGGCAUCACUGACGAAGCUGAUUUAAAGCAAGCCAAGGAUGUUCUCCUUCCUCUUGGCGAAUAUUUCCAAGUCCAAGAUGAUUACCUUGACUGCUACGGUGAUCCAAAGGUCAUUGGUAAGAUUGGUACUGAUAUUCAGGACAACAAGUGUGGUUGGGUCAUCAACAAGGCUCUUCAAAAGGCUAGCCCAGCUCAACGGGAAAUUUUGGAUAAGAAUUAUGGUAUCAAGGAUGCUAAUGCUGAAAAGAGAGUCAAGGAUGUUUUUGCAGAGCUCAAUAUCGAACAAGACUACCACAAUUAUGAAGAGCAAAUUGUUGCUAAACUUCGUCAACAAAUUGCUGCUGUUGAUGAAUCGAGAGGUUUCAAGGGUGAAGUCUUGGAAGUUUUCCUCAAGAAGAUUUACAAGAGACAGAAAUAA